UAAGAACCCGGCCGGGACGCCGUGUGGCGGGCACCGUGGCUGGGGAGACGCGAGUAGCGGCUGGAUGACGCGGGGCGGAGCACGGCGGACAGCGGCCCUGGGCCUGGCGCUGCGGUUACUGCUCGGCCUCGGGCUAGGCCUGGAGGCUGCCUCGACCCCGGCCUCGACCCGGACCUCGGCCCAGGCUCUAGGCCCCAGUGCAGGCUCGUGCCAGCCCACGAGCUUCCAGUGCCGCAGCAGUGGCUACUGCGUGCCCCUCACCUGGCGUUGCGAUGGCGACCCGGACUGUGCAGAUGGCAGCGACGAGGAGGAGUGCAGGAUUGAGCCGUGUGCCCAGAACGGGCAGUGCCCUCCACCCCCUGGCUCCCGCUGCUCCUGUGAUAGCAUCAGUGGUUGCUCUGGUAGCACUGACACGCACCUUCGGAACUGCAGUCGCCAGCCCUGCCCCACGGGUGAGCUGCACUGUGCACUGGGCAACACCUGCAUCCCGCACACGUGGCGCUGCGAUGGCCAUCCAGACUGCCUGGACUCCAGCGAUGAGCUUGGCUGCGAAACCAAUGAGACUUUCCAGGGAGGGAAUGCCACAACCAUGGUGACCCCUGUGACCCUGGAGAGUGUCACCUCUCUCAGGAAUGCCACAGACUCCUCUGCUGAGCCCCAGUACAGAAAUCCAAGUGUCUCUGGGGUUGUCGCCAUCGCUGGGGUGCUGAGUGCCAGCCUGGCUGCUGCCAUUCUCCUGGUGGUGGUGUGGCUCCGAGCCCAGGGAUAUCGGCCUGCGCUGGGGCUGCUGGUGGCAGUGAAGGAGUCUCUGCUGCUGUCAGAAGGGAAGACCUCACAGGUCUGAGGACAGUCUCUCACACCUUGGCCCCCCUGCCCUGAGCGCAGCCCGAUGAGGAUUGCCGCAGUGGGGACGUGCAGACCGCUGGUGGCGCCCCAGCCUCAGAGCCCGGGAGCUCCUGGCUGCCUAGAGCCUUGCACCUGAGCUCCUGCAGAUGUGCUCAGGAGGCUGGGACACUCCCUUUGCACAGGAGGAGCUGGGAUGGAGAGCACACCACAGCCAGAGACAAGGGGCUCGCCACGGGCCUCUCCCGGGGUGUGGGACGGCCCUGCACUUAGACACUCCUGCCACCCUUGUCAGGGUGACAAUUAAAAUUCUUUCAGGUCCUCUGCCUGCCUCUGGCUUCUGUCUCCACCUGGGCAGCCUGGGGUCUUUGUUUGACACCCCCCCUUCUUUGAGGUUCCAGAGACGAUGGGGCCCCCUGGCCUCUCCCCCUCUUGCCUCCCGAGAUCUGCUGCGGCAGGUCUGCAUCCGGCAGGCUUCGUGGAGCCAGAGCGAGGUUGGCAGCGCCCCUGUCCAUCAGGGCUUCUCCCGGCUUCCCUGGAAUCCCAAAAUCAGGAGCUGAGAUAGGGGGUGGCAAGUUAGCGAGACCCUGCCUCACAAUAAAAAUGGCUGGAAA